AUGUGCGAAAGCGUCUCCAAAAUCUGCUUCUUCGUCUCCGCAUCCAACUGGACCAUCAUCCUUGGCAAGAUCAAGAACCACAUCGCCUGCUGGUCCGGCCCCGAAGAGUUCCCAGACUGCUCAGAGACCCGGCUGCUCGAGUUCUGCUCGCUGAACCGCCACCGCCUCAGCUCCAUCCUCCGCGAGCUCUCCGCCCAGUUCACUUACCCCAACGAGUAUGCCGCCCUUGUCCGCUCAAACGGCCGGCUCAAGGGCGCCCCCGAUGUCCUCUUCGACGUCGCCCAUGGCCUCUCCGAGAACGGCAAGAAGCGCGCCUACACCUGGCCCAUGAUGGCCAUGCUCCUCGCCGUCUGUCCCGACAUCGUCCUCAAGAUCACCGCCGCCUUCAUCGACAGUCUGCGCAAGCAUCUCAAAGCCGUCAAGAUGACCGACGUCGCCACCACCUGCUGCGUCAACCUCUGCAAAGCCGCCACCUUCUCCCCCAAGACGACCGCCGAGGGCCCCGGACUGAGGCUUCUGGCCCUCGACCUUGUUGGCGACCUCAACUCGCGCCUGCUCAACCCCUCCAAGCCGUGCACCAACUCCGAAGGCGUCGUUGAGAUCCCGCUUAUGUCCGAGGCCCUCGCCGCGCUCUGCAAGCUCAACCGCCACUUUGUCGACACCACCCUGCUCGAGAAGUGUCUCUCCAGGAACAGCUUUGUGCCCUUCCAGAUUGCCUUCAUCAAGGCCUGCCACAAGCUCGCCAGCGACCCCGAGAUCCCGCCCCGCUCCUCGUUCCCCUCCUCCUCCCCACACCCCCACCCAGAGGAUCGGUUGUCGGAGGACGAGGACGACAUGGCGAACUGGAACGUCAAGCUCAAAGAGCUCUACCCCGCCAUCGCCUCCUCCCUGAGACACGUGUUCAUGAAAGCAAUGCUCAAGACCAACCAGUUCCACAUCCUCAUGCGCGCCAACUCCAAGCUCAUCACCGGAUGCGACGAGAGCGGACAGAAGACGGAGCUGGUCCGGGCGCUUCUCAACUGCGAACCCAGGACUCAUAUGACUCUGGCCUUCUUCCUCAAUUCGCGGCUCGCCUCGGGCCACGACAUUGACCCGGACGACCUGGAGAUGUUUGUGUAUCUGACGACGCUGCUGCUGAACAACCGCAACCCGCGGCCGGUGCGCCAAGCGGUGAUGACCGUCCUGCGGGCCUACCACCGGCCCUCCUCCUCGCCCAGACCGGGGGCCAAGCUGCUCCCGCUCGGGCUCAGACAGGCCCGCGCGAUCGUCGGGAUCGACGUGCUCAAAGCGCUCCUCAAGACCUGGGUCUUCCGUGAGGAAGAGCGCGAGGUGCUGCAGCUGCUCAAGGCGUAUCUGGACCGGUUCAAGGAAGCGGUGGAGUGGAGCGAGCGGGGCCACAGCGAGCUCAUCAGCGUCUUCGAGAAGCACCCCCCCGUCCUGCGUCUCUGCGGCCUCGACGCAAGUCUGUCGGCCGCCCAGCUGUCGGCGACCUUGCAGGGCCUGCCAGACAACGGCAAGGGGCUCGGCGGUCGCGUGGCCCAGGCUAAGCGGGCCAAGCUCAUCCUCUGGGAGGUUGUCAAGCAGGGCGGCCAUCUGCUGCCGGACCUCGUCAAGCCUGUGCGCCCCUCCGGCUUGGACAAGAUCGUCGACAUGAUCACAAGGCCCGACCUCACCCUCGCCCUCGCCAUCUGCAAGGUCUGCGGAUCUGCCGACUUCGAGGAAAUGACGGAGGUCAUGCUCAAUAUCUUCGACUAUCGCAAAGGGGUCAUCAAGUUCCUCAAGGCCUCCAUCGAGCGAGAAGUUGCCGUCACAGACCACGAGUCGACAGUCUUCCGAGGGAACUUGUUCACCACCCGGCUCCUCACCAUCUUCGCCCGGGCCCAGGGGUACGACUAUCUGAGGAACAUGCUGUCGAACCUGCUUGUGGGCCUGGCCAACAAGCCGUCGGAGUUCUCGGUGGACUUCAACCCGCAUCGGGCGAGUGCGGACGACGACAAGGCGGCGCGGAACCUGGAGCAAGUGACGGAGGCGUUCCUGAACGUGAUUGCGGUGUCGUGGAAGAAGCUGCCCUGUGCGAUCCGCGAGAUCUGCCACCGCAUCGCCACCACCGUCCAGGAGAAAUACCCCGAGAGCGUGUUCACGUCUAUCGGCGGCUUCAUUAACCCCACCAUCGUCUCCCCCGAGGUCAUCGACCUUGACCUCCCUAACGACACCCGCAAGAUCCGCCGCAGCCUUGUCAUGAUCACCAAGGUCCCCCAGGCCCUCUCCAACAAUAUCCGCUUCUCCGCGCGCGAACCCGCUAUGAAGCCCCUUAACCCCUUCAUGGCCAAUAACGUCUACCCAAUGACCCGCUUCUUGAAGGACAUCUCUUCAAUCGACGAGCCCGGGAUGAUCGCGGAGGAAGCGACAGAGCUGCAAGACAAGCUAGCGCCGGUGCCCUUAGACGCGACGGACCGGUACGUGCUGCACCGGUUCCUGUACGAAAACCAGGAGAAGCUGGGGGCGGAGCUGAAGAGCCUGCGGCCAAUGGAGUUCAAGCAUUGGCACGACGGCAGCGAAUGGCUGACGCCCACUCCGGGCCACGAGAUCUGA